CGGCGCUCCCGAUGCCGGCGGCCGCGUUCCCGCCCCUCUCUGCCCCUGGUUGCUGUCGCCCGCUGGCUCCAGGGGCUCCUCGGCUCCGAGCCAGUCGGCGCUUCCUACCGGCCGCCACGUGGGCUGGGACGCCCAGGCCCGGGAGCUCCGUCCGGGACUGGGAGCGAUGCAGCUCGCGCCGUAGCGGCCAGCGGGGGGCGGGGAGGCCGCCGUGAGGAGGCGGAGCUGCGAGGCCCGCCCGUGCGCCCGGGCCGCCGCCGCGGUCCCCUGCGCUCCUCCCAGCUCGCCGCCGCACGCCCCCACCCGGGCCGGCCUCGCCUCCUCGGCGGCGGCGGCGGCGGCGGCGGCGGCUUACCCCUGGUAACUGCGCUUCCUGAGGAACGGGAACAAGGCGCAAGCCAUGGAGGGGAACCGGGAUGAGGCGGAAAAAUGUGUCGAGAUCGCCCGGGAGGCCCUGAACGCCGGCAACCGCGAGAAGGCCCAGCGCUUCCUGCAGAAGGCCGAGAAGCUCUACCCACUGCCCUCGGCCCGCGCACUAUUGGAGAUAAUUAUGAAAAAUGGAAGCACUGCUGGAAAUAACCCUCAUUGCCGAAAACCAUCAGGUACUAGUGAUCAGAACAAACCCAAUUGCACAAAGGACAGCACAUCUGGUGGUGGUGAAAGUGGAAAAGGCUAUACCAAAGACCAAGUAGAUGGAGUUCUCAGCAUUAACAAAUGUAAAAAUUACUAUGAAGUACUUGGAGUUACAAAAGAUGCUGGUGAUGAAGAUUUGAAAAAAGCUUAUAGAAAGCUUGCUUUGAAGUUUCAUCCAGACAAAAACCAUGCACCUGGAGCAACAGAUGCUUUUAAAAAGAUUGGAAAUGCAUAUGCUGUUUUAAGCAAUCCAGAAAAACGAAAACAGUAUGACCUCACAGGCAAUGAAGAACAAGCAUGUAAUCACCAAAAUAAUGGCAGAUUUAAUUUCCAUAGAGGUUGUGAAGCUGAUAUAACUCCAGAAGACUUGUUCAAUAUAUUUUUCGGUGGUGGAUUUCCUUCAGGUAGUGUACAUUCAUUUUCAAAUGGCCGAGCUGGUUAUAGCCAUCAACAUCAGCAUCGACACAGUGGGCAUGAAAGAGAAGAAGAAAGAGGAGACGGAGGUUUUUCUGUGUUUAUCCAGCUGAUGCCCAUUAUUGUACUGAUUCUUGUGUCAUUAUUAAGCCAACUGAUGGUUUCCAAUCCUCCUUAUUCCUUAUAUCCCAGAUCUGGAUCAGGGCAGACCAUUAAAAUGCAGACAGAAAACUUGGGUGUUGUUUACUAUGUCAACAAGGACUUUAAAAAUGAAUAUAAAGGAAUGUUACUACAAAAGGUAGAGAAGAGUGUGGAAGAAGAUUAUGUGACUAAUAUUCGAAAUAAUUGCUGGAAAGAAAGACAGCAAAAAACAGAUAUGCAGUAUGCAGCAAAAGUAUACCGUGAUGAUCGACUCCGAAGGAAGGCAGAUGCCUUGAGCAUGGACAACUGUAAAGAACUGGAGCGGCUAACCAGCCUUUAUAAAGGAGGAUGAACUGGAAUUUUUAUUUAUACCUUUCAGUGUGCUCUUUAUCUCUUCUGUAAAUUUAGUUUCAUCAUGAGAGCUGAAGAAAAAGAUUUGAUAUUAAAAACUGAACUGAAUAGUUGGUUCCUGAAAUCUUGGGCUGUUUAUGACCUAUUGGUUCCUUUAAAUAGUAAGAACUGAGAACUAAAAUUAAUAUUUAUGUUUCUGCAAUUUUCAUUUUAAAAGCUUUUAAGAUUCCUAACUAAAAAUGUCUUGAGAAAGGAUUCUUAUACCUGUAGCAAUUCAGUUUUAGUGAUUCUCUACCUUUUCCCUCAUGUAAAUAUUUAUGGAAUGAUCAUUUUGUGUAUAUACAGAUUAUUGCCUUUUUAUUUAAAUUUUUUAGUGUUUAGCUCCGUAAGACACUUCCUUUAAGUUGAUGGAAUAAAUGUUAUAUGACACAACUUUUCCCUGUCAGGUGUUGAGUAUGUGGAGUUAAAACAGUGAAACAUUUUCAGAAAGAAAGAAAACAAAAACUAUUUAACUUUGUGUAAAAUCUUAUAGCAUUAUCAGCUUAGAGGGAACUGAUAUUUUUAAUAUUGCGAUUAUAUUCCAAAAUAUGUAUUGAGAUAAAUGAACUGGUGUAGUGUAUCAGUUUGCUAUUUAGUUUUAUGAAUUGUUAAUCCAUGCAUAGAAAUGAAAUGCUAUACUGAUAGAUUUUAAAGAAAACAAGAGAAAAUGGCUAUAAAUAUUAAAUUAAAAAGGUCUUCAACAGUAAAUUGCAGUUAUGCCAUUUGCAAUUCCAAUAAGUAAAAGGCCCCAAAUGUUCGUUUAUGUCUUUGAAGGCUGGUAAAAUUUAUGAAGAGGACUCACCUAAUUUUCCCCUAUGGAAACUUGAGUUUCUUAAUAAUCAUUUAAGCAGGAUCCAGAAGUAAGUGAAUUCUAUAAAUAAGUAAUAAGAAAAAUUAUUACCAAAUUAUAGCCUUGUGCCUUUUAACCCUAUUGCCAACUCUGAAACAUAGAGGUAGAUUACAGUUCACUUAUUUGAUCAGAGCAUGAUUUUUAUGGCCACAUGCAACAGUGGGCAGAAAUACAGUAGCAGGUAGAAUAGUGACUUAUAGCAAGUCAUCCUUAAAUUCUGAGCUAAAAUCUACUGACCAUUGAGUAAUUAAUUCUGUAGGAAUAAGCUCCUUGUAAUUAAAUCCAUAAUAUAAGUUAUAAAAAAACAGUUGGAAAUUGAAGUUUUGGGUGCCUAUAUAUUGAGUAUGAAACUAUUUCAUUUCUGCUUCUGUUUAACAGUUGUAAUAUUGUGAUGAUUUUCAUACUCAAGUUAAUGGAACAUGAACAGGUUUUGGUAGUUUUUUUGGUGAGAGAAUACUAGAGUGAGUGGCUUUUGUUCUUUUAAGGAUUUUUUUUUCCCCUGGGUAUGUUUGAUUUAUGACAUUUGUUAAAUAAAACCGCUGAAACGAUAUACUCUUAAAAAUGUUGCUUCCCCUUUUCCAGGUGAAUCAAUAGAUAAUGCCUGAUUAAAUCAGUACAUGAAACUAAACAUACUGUCCUAGGAAACCUGGACAACUUACCCAUCUUGCUUUUAAGACUGUGACCUUUAAAAAAAAAAAAAAAAAAGCAAAAAACCAAUGCUUUAAAAAAUAUAUAAUCUUAAGUAUUUUUUGAGCUUGUAGAA